GCUUGGGGGUGCAAAGGAAAAACGGGUGCAGAGGGUCAAGAUGCCAGGAAGAGACGCCCUGCUCUCUGAUCUGGAAACCACCACUUCACACAUGCCAAGGUCAGGAGCUCCCAAAGAACAACCCCCAGAACCCCUCUCAGCUCCCCUGUCUUAUGGUCACCAGCCACAGAUGGGGUCUGGGGACUCUUCAGGAACCUCUGGGGACAAGGAUCACCUAUACAGUACGGUCUGCAAGCCUCGGUCCCCCAAGACUGUGUCCUCUGGAGCCCCUCCAUUCUCCUCUUCCAGUGGAGUCUUGGGCACGGGGCUCUGUGAGCUAGACCGGUUGCUUCAGGAACUUAAUGCUACUCAGUUCAACAUCACAGAUGAAAUAAUGUCUCAGUUCCCAUCUAGUAAGGAGGCUGCAGGGGAGCAGAAGGAGGACCCAUCUGACGACAAGAAAAGAUCCAACCUCCCUCCCAGCCCGACUCCAGCUCUCCCAAAGCCUUCUGCCACCUCAGCCACCCUGGAGCUGGAUAGACUGAUGGCUUCACUCUCUGACUUCCGUGUCCAGAAUCAUCUUCCAACCUCUGCGCCAAGCCAGCCACCAGCGCCAAGCUCCGUGAAUGAGGGUUCCCCGUCUCCACCAGGCCCUGCUAACAAGGGAAGCCUAGACUCCAUGCUGGGAAUGCUGCAGUCUGACCUCAGCCGACGUGGAGUUCCCACCCAGGCCAAGGGGCUCUGCGGCUCCUGCAAUAAACCCAUUGCUGGGCAAGUGGUGACGGCGCUGGGGCGAGCCUGGCACCCUGAGCACUUCCUUUGCGGCGGCUGCUCUACGACCCUGGGAGGCAGCAGUUUCUUCGAGAAGGACGGAGCCCCCUUCUGCCCCGAGUGCUACUUUGAGCGCUUCUCCCCACGGUGUGGCCUCUGCAAUCAACCCAUCAGACACAAGAUGGUCACAGCCUUGGGCACCCACUGGCACCCGGAGCACUUCUGCUGCGUCAGUUGCGGGGAGCCUUUCGGAGAUGAGGGUUUCCACGAGCGCGAGGGGCGCCCCUACUGCCGCCGGGACUUCCUGCAGCUGUUCGCGCCGCGCUGCCAGGGCUGCCAGGGCCCGAUCCUGGAUAACUACAUCUCGGCCCUGGGCGCACUCUGGCACCCGGACUGCUUCGUGUGCAGGGAGUGCUUCGCGCCCUUCUCGGGAGGCAGCUUCUUUGAGCACGAGGGCCGCCCGCUGUGCGAGAGCCACUUUCACGCGCGGCGCGGCUCGCUGUGCGCCACGUGCGGCCUCCCGGUGACGGGUCGCUGCGUGUCGGCGCUGGGCCGCCGCUUCCACCCGGACCACUUCACCUGCACCUUCUGCCUGCGCCCGCUCACCAAGGGCUCGUUCCAGGAGCGAGCCGGCAAGCCCUACUGCCAGCCCUGCUUCCUCAAACUCUUCGGCUGACCGCGGCCGGCCGGGCGGCAGAGGCCCGUCCUCCUCCAAACGCCGCCGGGGUUCUGCAGACAAGACCUGGCCCUCUGAUGUGGGGCCCUCGCCAUCCCCCCUCUUCACUCCCCUCCUCUGUGGUGCCCCGCCCACUGAGGUACUAAACCCUCCCUAAGGUACUCUCCAUCCUCCCCUGGGCCCCCAGUGCAGGGGGGCAGUGCCCUGCAGAGGGUCCUCCUCCACUCUCUGGAACUGCCGAUUCAGCAGAAACC